AUGUUCAGAGCAACUGCGCAGUAUGCAGCUCAGGGUCCUCGCUACAGAAAUGAAUUUGAGCAGAUUAAAAAGCUUGGAUGUGGAGGUUUUGGGAAAGUAUAUGAGGCCAAACACAAUUUAGAUGGGAGGAAUUAUGCUGUGAAAAAAAUUCCCCUUCAACAAAAUAAAGAUUUGGCAAAGCCUCUAAGAGAGGUGGAAGCUCUUGCACGUCUGAAACACACAAACAUCAUAAGAUAUCAUACUUCUUGGGUUGAAGAUUACAGCUAU